AUGAAAGAUAUACCAUAUAAUAAAGAAGUAGUAUACUUUUGCAAUGAACUAUUAUACAUGUUGACUAUAAGAUGAGCUAUAGAUGACAUGGCAAUGGCUUAUAGCCAGCGGGUGGCUAUACUAUUAUACUUGCUGUAACACUCAUAUCACACAUGUUGUCAACCGCACAAACAAGGAAGGAGAAUUUGUAUUUUGCAAGACGAAAUACCUUACCCAAAUCCGGUCGGACCUGGCCACGAUCCCCUGGCCAUGAGGCGUCUUCAAUAUAUUUAUAAAAAGCAGAAAAACUCUAAAUCGAUUUAUAGACGGCUCCUGCGGCCCCUUCGCGCAUAAUUACCGUGAUCGGCGGAUCCCCUUCCACUUUUGCAGAACCUGUUGCUGGUUUUGUGGCUCGUUAUACCAUCCUACCAUGGCAAUGGCAUGCUGCCAUAGACCCAUAGCAAAGCACCUUUCCAAUGCGUCGCCCGAUCCAACAACAUGAAGCAAUGCCACGGCGCAUUUUGAUCUGAUCAAGGCAUGGAAAUGAAUGAAUCGAACGAAAGCGCAGCAAUGCGUUGCCCAAUCCGCAGCAAUGCGUAACUCAGAACCCCUUCGCCGCAUGCGGAAAUCUCGCGAUCGCCCGACAAAAUCACGGACGGCAUUCACUUGCUUCCCGGGAAAAGGCGAGCCAGGUACGUACUCCCUACUAGAGCGGCACAUGCUAGCUAGGUGUCCGUCCUCUCGCCGCUUCCCCUCUUCACUUCUUCUUUAUACCGCUAGCAGAGCUAGCUAGGUGAUCUAUCCGGCGCGGGAAUGGUGCCCGGGGCGACGAUUGUGACGGCAUCCGUGCUACGUGGGCUCGUGGCGCUCGCCGGCGCGGCCGUCCUGUGUCUCUCCGGCGCCGCCGAGGCCCGCGUCCUCCUCACGCUCGACGACUUCGGCGCCGUCGGCGACGGCGUUGCCAACGACACGCAGGCGUUCGUGGACGCGUGGACCGCGGCGUGCGGCUCGGAGGAGGAGGCCGUCGUCGCCGUGCCGGCCGCCAAGGCCUACCAGAUCUGGCCGGUGCAGCUCUCCGGCCCCUGCAAGAAGAAGCUCAAGCUGCUGAUCGCCGGGACGAUCGUGGCGCCGGCGAGCCCGGACGAGUGGGCGGGGAGGGACCCGAUGAAGUGGCUGUACGUCUACGGCGUGGACGGCCUGUCCGUGAGCGGCGGCGGCACCAUCGACGGCGUCGGGCACGAGUGGUGGGCGCGCUCCUGCAAGCGCAAGAACACCCAGGCGGUGCAUUUCGAGGAGUGCAGGGGGGUGAGCGUGCAGGGAGUGACGCUGCAGAACGGGCCGCAGUUCCAUCUGUCCUUCACGCGGUGCGUGGACGUGAAGGCCAACUUCCUCCGGGUGGUGGCGCCGGCGGACAGCCCCAACACCGACGGCAUCCACCUCAACGACUCCUCCCGCGUCCAGAUCAUGGACAACCUCAUCUCCACGGGGGACGACUGCGUGUCGAUGGUCGGCAACUGCUCGGACGUCCGCGUAAGGGACAUCUCGUGUGGCCCCGGCCACGGCAUCAGCAUUGGGAGCCUGGGCAAGAACCGGACGACGGACAGGGUCGAGAACGUGAGGGUGGACACCUGCUUGCUCACCAACACCACCAACGGCGUCCGGAUCAAGAGUUGGCAGGGGGGGACGGGCUCUGCCCGCGACCUGAGGUUCGAGGGCAUCGUGAUGAAGAACGUGUCCAACCCCAUCAUCAUCGACCAGUACUACUGCGACCAGCCGACCCCCUGCGCGAACCAGACGGAGGCGGUGGAGGUGCGCAAGGUGGAGUUCGUCGACGUGAGGGGCACGUCGGCGACGGCGCAGGCGAUCAGGAUCGCCUGCAGCGACGCCGUGCCCUGCACCGAGCUGGAGCUGAGGAACGUCAACCUCACCGUGGUGGGCGGGGGCGCGGCGACGGCCUCCUGCUACAGGGCGUCCGGCAAGGCUGCCGGCGUCGUCGUCCCGUGGUCCUGCCUCGCCAAGGGCGACCCGUGAUGGUCGUGGAAUGAUGUUGGGAACCGUUUGGUGUAGCCUGCCGGUGUUUUGGUAAAGAUUUCUGCACGGUGCGUGUGGCAUGAAUUAUAUAGCUAGCAAAACCGGGUCUCCUCCUCACGCGGAGUUUCACAGCUCCAGCCCGAAUGAGCUCGGUAAACAGUAAAAUUGAAACAAUGUUCAAAAACAUAUGAAUUAUUUUUGUGACAAAAGUUUUAACAGCUUGUAAAA